AUGUUGCACAAAAUAAACGAGAAGGCAUUGAAAUUACUGUUUGAUCGUCCUUUGGAGCCCGUCUUCACAGCGAGGGACGGUGGUAAGGCGAUUUUUCUCAUACCCAAAAGCUUCUAUAGUGAGGAAUAUGCGGAUAUAUCCGAUAAAAUUUCAACUCGGUUUGGCAAACCAUCUGAAAUUAAAAUGCAAAUACCGGUACGUGAUUUAGAACAGAAACCGGACUUAACAUUUGCUCGAAAAAUUGGCAAGCGUAGCCAAUUUUCGCUUUCCAACAGGAUGCACCAAGACAUUGCAGCUCAAUUAAUUAAAAUAUUUGUGGAUGCAAGCAAUGAGGACGUUUUCAUAUCCACGUGCGUUUACUGUAAAGAUCGGGUGAAUCCAUUCUUGUUCCAGUACUGUCUUUCGGUGGCCGUUCAACACAGAGAGGACACCAAGGAGUUCCCAAUAAAACCAAUUGCUGAAACAUUUCCGCAACAUUUUGUAGAACCAUAUGUCUUCCAUGAAGCUCGUGCGGAAAGUGAAUUGAUCAAGGAUCAGGAAGAGCGGCGUUACGUUGACAUUCCCCUAAACUUCACCGCCUCAAACCGAGAAAAAGAACAACGAUUGGCAUAUUUCAGGGAGGAUAUAGGCGUAAAUAGUCAUCACUGGCAUUGGCAUUUAGUGUACCCUGGCUAUGGCCCUUUGGAGAUUGUAAAGAAAGACCGCCGAGGAGAACUAUUUUAUUACAUGCAUCAUCAGGUUUUAGCUCGAUACAAUGCAGAACGCUUCUCCAACAACUUGGCAAAGUUGCGACCAAUAAAAGACUUACGCUACCCUAUAGCGGAGGGCUAUUUCCCAAAAAUUAUGAACAGUUCGAUCCGCAGAACCUAUCCCGGGCGCAACGCCAACAGUGCGCUAUCAGACAUUGAUCGUAACGAUAUUCAUGUGGACAUUGCUGACAUCAGGCGCUGGAUUGAUCGCGUAGUUGCCGCCAUUGACAAAGGAUAUGUUGUAGAUUCGAAGGGCAACGAAAUUCCUUUGGACCCGAAAAAGGGUAUUGAUAUUUUGGGAGACAUUGUUGAAGCUACUAGCCUAUCAGUCAAUCCCGAAUACUACGGAAGCCUGCACAAUGAAGGUCACAAUAUCAUUGCGCUGUGCCACGAUCCCGAAGCACGUUUUCUAGAAGAGUUCGGUGUUAUGGGAGAUAACACAACAGCUAUGCGCGACCCUACUUUCUAUAGAUGGCACGGAUUUGUUGAUGAGAUUUUCAACCGCCACAAGGAGCGUCUCAAUCCCUAUGACACAAAUGAUCUCGCAUUCAAAGGAGUUGAAAUUAAUAAUUUGGAAGUAACACUAACGUCCGGUGAUAGCACUCCAAAUCAACUCUUUACCCGUUUUGAGAAGUCAGAAUUAAAUUUGGCGGCUGGAUUGGAUUUCGGCCCCGAAGGCAAUGUUUAUGCAAAAUUCACACAUUUGCAGCAUUCUCCGUUUGAGUAUAAAAUUGGAGUGUCGAACAACAGAAACUCGCCAGUAGAGGGCACAUGUCGGAUAUUCCUAUGUCCGAAGUCAGAUGAGCGUGGCUGCCCCUUAAAAUUAAACGAACAACGACUAUUGGCAAUUGAGAUGGAUAAAUUCAAAGUAACCUUGAAACCGGGCGUAAAUCGCAUAUACCAGUUGUCAAGCAAUUCAAGUGUCACAAUUCCAUACGAACGCGCCUUUCCAAAUGACACCAAAGAUAAGCCAACUCAAGAUUUGGAGCAAUUGUGGUUCUGUGGUUGCGGUUGGCCUCGACAUAUGCUUCUUCCCAAAGGUAAACCAGAAGGCAUGCCCUUUGAUCUAUUUGUAAUGAUAUCCGAUAUGAGUGGUGAUGCUGUAACUUUGCACGAUAAGACAGCUAAUCCCUGCAAUGACUCUGCAUCAUACUGUGGUCUUAAGGAUCAAUUGUAUCCGGACAAUCGAUCAAUGGGCUACCCCUUCGAUAGGAAAUUCAAAGGAAAACAAGAGGAAUAUCUUCCGGAAUUAAUCAAAAAAUAUUCAAAUAUGAAAAUGAUCGAUGUAACUAUAAAAUUUAAACCCAAUGACAACAUAGGCAAAAGUUGUAAUAACUGA